UACAUCAGGGUAGAAGGAAACACAAAUAAGAGAAGAGCAAGAGAUGCAAAGCCAUAGAUGUGUUCACAAAAAUGAUGCAAGGAUUCCACCAUCAACAGAAGCAACUAGCGACUCUCCUUACCGUCGCUCUCCCCAAGGAUUCAACCACUGCCACCUCCGCCGCCUCUGCGGCGCCAGCGACCGCCACCACCUCAGCAACAGCGGCGACAGCAACAGGUUCGACUAACUCGGAGGAUGGUGAAUCAGCUCGACUCGGCGCGCUUAACUCACUUCACGGCGCGAUUCUCUACCCGCCACACUCACUCCUCAUCGCUCACUCUGCCUCUUUCCUCGCCCAAGGCCUCUCUCAGCUUCUAUCGGACAAGUCAUACUCUGUGAGGCACUCUGCAGCUAUUGCCUAUGGUUCUCUUUGUGCUGUUGUGUCAUCAAUCCCUAUAGGAUCAAGUGGUAGGCAAAACCAUGUUAUGCUUGGUAGUUUAGUGGAUCGGUUCAUCAGUUGGGCUUUGCCAUUGCUUACAAAUGUUAGUGCUGGAGAUGGAACCACAGAGUUGGCAGUGGAAGGCUUGCGAGAAUUUCUAAACGUUGGUGAUGUUGGUGGGAUUGAAAGAUAUGCUUUACCAAUCCUCAAGGCGUGUCAGGAACUUCUCGAGGAUGAGAGAACCUCCUUGAGUUUAUUACAUCGGCUUUUAGGCAUCUUAACUUUGAUUGCAAUAAAGUUUUCUCGACUCUUCCAACCUCAUUUUAUUGACAUUGUUGAUCUUCUUCUUGGGUGGGCAUUGGUAGCUGACCUAGCAGAAUCAGAUAGGAGAGUUAUUAUGGAUAGUUUCUUGCAAUUUCAGAAACAUUGGGUGGGUAAUUUGCAGUUCUCUCUUGGGUUGUUAUCAAAGUUUUUGGGAGACAUGGAUGUAUUGCUUAAAGAUGGUCCUCAUGGAACCCCGCAACAAUUUCGAAGAUUGCUUGCAUUGCUUUCUUGUUUUUCUACAGUCUUGCAGUCUACUGCUUCUGGGUUGCUGGAAAUCAAUCUACUUGAACAAAUUACUGAACCACUGACCAAAAUGCUUCCCCAGUUAUUGGGAUGUUUAUCUAUGAUUGGAAAGAGGUUUGGAUGGUCAAACUGGAUUGGUGAUUCAUGGAAGUGCCUGACUCUGUUGGCAGAAAUAUUAGGUGAAAGGUUUUCCACUUUUUAUCUGCUUGCUGUUGACAUCUUAUUUCAGAGCUUGGAAUUUGACUGUACUACUCGAUCAGUUGGUGCUGGGAGGAUCACCUCAUUUCAAGUCCAUGGAGUCUUAAAGACUAAUCUUCAGUUAUUAGCAUUACAGAAGUUUGGCCUCCUCCCAUCAGCUGUGCAGAAAAUACUUGCUUUUGAUGCCCCAAUAUCAAAGCUCCGUUUACACCCAAAUCAUUUAGUCACUGGAAGUUCUGCAGCUGCUUAUAUCUUCUUGCUUCAACAUGGAAAUGAUGAAAUUGUUCAACAGGCUAUGACCUUGUUAACAGAGGAGCUGGCAUUAUUAAAGAAAAUGCUUGCAGAAAUUUUGGGUCAUCAGGAGGAGGAUAAUGAUUCCAGAGAUUCUAGACCUUACUCAAAACUGGAGUUGUUUGCCCUGUUUAAAUUUGAUUUGAAAGUUUUGUUAACUUCUGUCUCCUUCAGUGCGGCUAGCAGUUUGAUUGGCUCACCAAGCAUUGCCACCUUGUAUUUGAGGAGGUCAGAAAUGUUGGUUUCUCUUAUUAUCGAGAAACUAAAUCCUUUUGAUUUACCUAUUCAGGCCUGUAUAGAGUUGCAAGUGGAUGUUAUCAAGUCAUUGAAGAGGCUAAGUGUGGUUACAUUCUUGAGCAAGUAUUCCAUCAGAAAUCAAAAUGGUGUCAAAGCUUCUCUAGAUGUUUCUGAAGAAAGCGUCUUGAAUGAUAACAGUUGCAGGGAUGUACAUUCAGAUGUGAUUAUUGAGCACCUAAGGGACUAUGGGAUGGUUCUUGUUAAAGCUCUUCAGGCUUCCUCCCCUCUUGCUGUUAAAGUAGUGGCUCUAGAAUGGGUACAAAAGUUCUGUGAGAAUGUAAUUGCUAUUUAUGGGAAUUCAGAUAUGAAUUCGUACAACUAUGAAACUUUUGAAUAUGUUAGCCUUGCUAGAAAUAUUGUUUUUGCAGUUUUGGAGGCUGCGUUUGACAGGGAAUCAAAAGUGAGAUCACAGGUUGCAUUAGUUUUGGAGCUGCUUCUAAAAUCAAGAUUGAUGCAUCCCAUGUACUUUUAUCUUAUAUCUGAAGUGGUCCUAGAAAAACUUGGUGAUCCAGAUAUAGACAUAAGAAAUGCAUUUGUUAGGCUGCUGUCUCAUGUUUUGCCAACUACAAUCUAUGCAUGUGGUUCAUAUGACCAUGGGACUUCUAUCACUUGUAGGCAAAUGGUUCUUAUGUCAAGCAAAAGUUCUAACUUGUGCUGGAAGAAAGUAUUUGCCCUGAAGCAACUCCCUCAGCAACUUCAGUCACAGCAACUUGUUUCUAUUUUGAGUUACAUUUCACAAAGAUGGAAAGUGCCCCUCUCUUCUUGGAUACAGCGGCUCAUUCUCAGGAGUCGAAGCUCAAAGGAAAAUGUUUUGAGUCAGCUUGAGGAAACUGGAAAUGUUGGUUCCAAUGAUUUGUGGUUGAAUAUAGAAGUAGAUGAAGAAGUUUUGAAGAGUGUUUGCUCCAUCAAUAACUUGGCUGGUGCCUGGUGGGCUAUACAUGAGGCUGCCAGAUAUUGUAUUUCUACACGCCUUCGAACUAACCUUGGUGGGCCCACACAAACUUUUGCAGCAUUGGAAAGGAUGCUUUUGGAUAUUGCACAUGUAUUAGAGCUUGAUGGUGAACAAAAUGAUGGGAGCUUAAGUAUAAUAGGUUCUUCUGGUGCACAUUUGUUGCCAAUGAGGUUACUAUUGGCUUUUGUUGAAGCCUUGAAAAAAAAUGUAUACAAUGCAUAUGAGGGAUCUGCCAUUUUACCAUCUGCAAAUAGACAGAGUUCCUUGUUUUUUCGGGCAAACAAGAAAGUCUGUGAAGAGUGGUUUUCCCGCAUCUCUGAGCCAAUGAUGAAUGCUGGAUUGGCAUUACAGUGUGAUGAUGCCACAAUUCAAUAUUGCACUCUGCGGUUGCAGGAGCUUAAAAGUCUCGUGGUCUUGGCUUUGAAGGAUAAGUCUAUGGCACAGGUAGCAGAACAGCUCCAUAGUAUCAGGGGGAGAUUUUUGGGAGAUAUCCUCCGGGUUUUACGGCACAUGGCAUUGGCUCUGUCUCGGAGUCAUGAAUCUGAGGCUUUGAUCGGUCUUCAAAAAUGGAUUACAAUGAACUUUUCAUCAUUGCUUAUGGAUGAAAACCAGUCCAUGAAUCACAGUGGGAUAUUAGGACCUUCCCAGUGGAUCACUGGGCUUAUAUAUCAGGCUGAAGGCCAGCAUGAAAAGGCUGCUGCUUACUUUGCUCACUUGUUGCAAUCUGAGGAAUUGCUGACUGGUAUGGGUUCUGAUGGUGUUAAGUUUAUCAUUGCACGUAUCAUUGAGAGUUAUACGGCUGUAUCUGAUUGGAAGUCUCUAGAGUCCUGGCUGAUAGAGUUGCAAACACUUCGUGCUAAGCAUGCUGGGAAGAGUUAUUCUGGUGCUUUAACCACAGCAGGCAAUGAAAUGAAUGCAGUUCAUGCACUGGCAUGCUUUGAUGAGGGUGAUAAUAAGGCUGCAUGGUCAUACUUGGAUUUGACACCAAAAUCUAGCAGUGAACUUACACUUGAUCCCAAACUAGCUUUGCAAAGGAGUGAGCAGAUGCUUUUACAAGCACUGCUUCUUCUGAUUGAGGGAAAGAGCGACACUGUUGCACAUGAUCUACAGAAGGCUAAGUCAAUGCUGGAGGAAGUGUUGUCGGUUCUGCCUCUUGAUGGAUUGACUGAGGCAGCAGCAUUUGCUUCACAAUUGCAUUGCAUCUUUGCACUUGAAGAGAGUUCUGAGCUUAUAUGCAACAAAGCAAAAUCUGAACUCAGUAAAUCAAUUUUGAGUUCGUAUGUGCUUCCGCUGCAGCCUUUAAUUAAAGGAAUUUAUCAAGAUUGUACCCCAUGGUUGAAACUUCUUCGGGUGUAUCGAACAAUUUCCCCAACUUCUCCAAUUACUCUAAAUCUCUGUAUGAAUUUGUUGCGGUUGGCCCGCAAGCAAGGGAACUUGAUGUUGGCACACCGUCUAAACAGCUAUCUGAAGGAUAAUGUAUUGAAUUGCUCCGAAGGAGGAUACCGUGAUUUCUUGAUGUUGAAUUUGCAGUAUGAGGAAAUCCUACUAAUGCAUACAGAGAAAAAGAUUGAAGAUGCCUUGGCUAAUCUGUGGUCAUUUGUGCGUCCUUACAUGGGUUCUUCAGCAUUGACAAUGAAGGAUGCUGGUCAUGGCAUGUUGAAGGCAAAGGCAUGCUUGAGAUUUUCAGACUGGUUGAGAUGGGAUGGGCAGGAUCUUGAAAACAUUGUUCUCAAGAUGCAAUCAGAACUAUAUGAAGACAAUGGAUCUCCCAUUGGAAGAGCUGUCUCUUCAUUCAGUGAUCCAAACUUAAGCUCUAAACCAAGCUUAGAUGUAAUUAUUGAGGAAAUGGUAGGAAAAGCUACAAAAUCAUCUACUCAACUUUGCCCUAAAAUGGGAAAGUCAUGGAUUUCUUAUGCUUCUUGGUGUUUCAGUCAGGCAAGGAACACUCUUGUCAACAGGCAUGAGAAAAUUCUUCAUUCCUGCUCGUUUUCACCUAUGCUAAUUCCAGAACUUACACCUGAAAGAUUCAAGUUGACUGAAGAUGAGAUCAAUGGAGUGGAAUGUGUGAUUUUUCAGCUUCUUCAGAGUAGGGAUGAUUUAAAGCAUGAAAAUGAUAGAGGGGAAGAUCAGGAGUUUUGGUUUGAUGCUGCAGAAAAUUUGAGUUCUAAGACACCUUCAAAGUCUUUAGUGCAAGAAGUUGUGGAUAUAAUUGAAGCUGCAGCUGGUGCACCAGGUGCAGAAGACAUCAAUGGUGAGAUCCUUUCUGCCACAGUGGCCUCUCAGUUGCAGAAUACCUUUCAACUUGCAAACAUUGUUCUUGAAGAUAUAACAUCUGUAGUUGAUAAACUAGUAGAUAUUUGGUGGUCACUGAGACAGAGGAGAGUCUCUCUCUUUGGGCAUGCAGCUCAUGGUUUCAUACAGUAUCUUUUACUUUCAUCUACCAAGGUCAAUGGUGGUCACUUGUUUGGUGUUGAUUGCAAGCCAAUGAAACAAAAGGCUGAGAGCUAUACCCUGAGAGCCACAUUAUACAUCCUACACAUUCUUCUCAACUAUGGGGUGGAAUUAAGAGACACAAUUGAACCUGCUCUUCCAUCAGUUCCUUUGUGGUCAUGGCAGGAAGUGACACCUCAAUUGUUUGCUCGGCUGAGCUCUCACCCUGAGCAAGUUGUUCGAAGGCAAUUGGAGGGGUUACUGAUUAUGUUAGCCAAGCGAUCUCCUUGGUCUAUAGUGUACCCAACGCUAGUUGAUGUAAAUGCUUAUGAUGAGAAGCCUUCAGAGGAGCUUCAGCAUAUACUGGGUUGUUUGAGAGAUCUUUACCCAAGAUUAGUUCAGGAUGUUCAGCUUAUGAUUAAUGAGCUUGGAAAUGUAACUGUUCUUUGGGAGGAACUAUGGCUCAGCACACUGCAAGAUCUCCACACAGGUGACAUUAGCUCAGUAUAACAAGGCUUCUGUUGUUUAUUAUGAUGGUCUAUUCCCAUAUGCCUUUCGAUGGCCAAGGGUCUACUAAAAAUUUGGUUAAGAUCAGAUUCUUUCCCCCUUCAUAAAUGUUUCUCACAAUUCAUGAACAUGAACAUUGGUCUCUAAUGUGCGACCUCAAUUUAAAAUGCAAUCUCUCAUGGCUGUUGGAACUUUUGACAUGUAAUAUCCAACAAACCACAAAUGUGAUGGUCUAUUUAACUUAAUGUGUUUGAUAUUAUAAAGUGACUGUUGUUGU